UCCUUUUUUUAGUUUCCAUUAACUUCGCGGGGUCGUUCAAUGCACAUUAGGUACCGUACCCGCAACCUUGGUAACGUUGAGUUUUUGAUUGGCUGCAUUCCUACAUGAAGCAACUAAGCGUACGGACGGCUACUUUAGCAACGCCUAAAAAUUAAUGCAACAGCCCACUCUAUCACACUACGUAUUGUACCAGUUAGGUUAGCUAUCUCCUAGCGGAUCAAACUUAACGCUAGGCUUUAUGCUGACAGAUCGUUGGUAAUUGCUGAAGAAUCGAAUAAUAUAGCCUCCUUUUAGCGGCCUGGUUAGUUGACUUACACCUGGAAUCUCGGUGCACCUCCAGCAGCCGGGGAAGGGGAGGACAGGGGACUGGAAAUUACAAAUGGCUUCACUUACAUACCUCCCAUCUCCCGUUUCCAUAGAAUCGUUACAAGUUCUUCGUUCCUAGAAUAACAUGAAUUAUCCAACGUUAAUUACUAAGACAUUUCUAAUCGUAUCCCUUCUUGUCGUAAUCGUGGCUUUCUUAUUCUCGUCGUCGCUAUCUCGCGCCGUGUUACCCCUUUCCAUAUUAAACCCGGUUUCCUCCAUCAUCGCUCAGUAUCAAACAUCAGCAAACUCACAAUCAUCGACAAUGUCUACUACCAGGGCCCCGGUUUAUUUCUUCAGUCAUGGCGGGCCGAAUGUACAAUACGAGACGGAUCAUCCCGCCUAUCCUGUCCUCCAGAACAUUGGAAGAGAAAUCACUAAGAAAGUGAAGCCUAAAGCUGUCGUCGUCUUUUCCGGUCAUUGGGAAGCUGGACCAAAUGUCAUCGAGGUCAAUACCGCUGAGCACACGGACUUGAUCUACGACUUCUACGGUUUCCCCCCUGAAUACUACAAGGCGAAGUAUCCUAAUAGGGGAAGCCCUGAACUGGCCUCCAAGAUCAUCGACCUCCUAACAAAUGCUGGUAUCAAGGCAAAAGGAGUAACUAGAGGUCUUGACCACGGAGUGUGGUCGGGAUUCCACGUUGCUUUCCACCCCGAAGAGAACCCUCUCAAUGUCCCCUUGGUACAAGUGAGCUUGUAUAACAACCAAGACGCGGACAUGCAUUAUCAGCUAGGACAAGCCGUUGCCCCUCUACGCGAUGAGAACAUUCUCAUCAUCGGUGCGGGGAUGUCUGUGCAUAACCUAAGAGAUUUAUCUUCCACUUGGGGCGACCCGAGACCGUUACCGUACACAGUAUCGUUUGACGAGGCCUUGAAGGACGCUGUCGAGUCUUCACCCAGCGAACGACAAGCUCGUAUGCGAGAAGUUGUUAAACGGCCUGACGCCAGACAAGCACACCCGCGCUUCGAUCAUUUGAUGCCAGUCUACGUAGCAGCCGGUGCGGCUGGCGAUGAUGAGGGCAAGAGGACGUGGACCUUGCAUGAAGGUAGUAUGGCGUGGGCCCAGUACAGGUUCGGAAAAGUCCCUACGUCCUGAAAGUAGCAAUUUAUAGACUACGAAAUCUGGCAUACUACCUCAGUUAAGAUGUUCCCAGGUCCUAUGAAGGCCUAGGUCCUAUGAAGGGGCGGUGGUUUAUAGAAGGAAGCAAAUAAGUACUUCAUAUCUACACUCCCACGGCCACAUACUUCGCAGGUCGGAUUAUGAACCAUGUCUAGAUUGGUACUUUACAUAUGAUGCUAGUUUCUUGUCAUACAACAAAAGUUCUGUAUGACAGAUGAUCGGUAUCCGACAUAAGUGACGGGAAAUUUGCUACAUGCAGGGCAGUUGCAUCCUUCGUGUGCCGAGAAAUUCUCGAGAGCUCGCCCGAUUAAUAUAGCCAGAACUUUACGCAUCGAACAAAUUACAAGACCUGAGCUGAAUAUAAAUUGCC